UGUUGCAUCUUCAUUUUCAAAUAGCCAAGGAAAGGAUUGACCGCUGGCAUAAAAAUGCAAUUACAAAAUUGCAGAACGUAACGCAAAUUCGCAAAGUUGACUCGUAAAAAAUCGACGAGAGAUUACAAUUUUUUCUCAUCGCACGGUCGUACUAUAACAGCCGUACGCUAUUGAUUAGUAGUGUACAAGCAACACAUUUUUUAGGCUUCACCACACCCCUUGAGGGAGUUCACUUUGAGUAUACUCUGUCCCCUACUCCGCCUAUACGCGUUGUACAAGUGUAAGGAAAGAAAAAAAAACCUUCCGAAGAAGACGGAGGACGAGGAAACGCCGAGGAGUCGCGGCGCGUCAGCUCGAAUGUGAACGAACUUCUUCCUGAAAUUCGACUGAUUUUCAACGUCGUCGUUUCGCUCUUCGCGUGCGAUUAAUUCAAUUAUACUCGACUUUCCUCGUUGAAGUCUCAGGAAUUCUCGCGGGAUGGAUCUGAACGAGGAGGACGAGAGCGGAAUCGAGAGCGGCAGGCAGCUAUUUCUGGUGAGCGCGCCGCGCGAUCCGUUGGUGUCGGCCAGUGCAAUCGUAGCGUCGUCGAGCAUUCCUGUCGACGUCAGCCAGGGUGAUGAUCUGCAGUCGACCGCCCUGACUAGUCUGAUCGGCGGUGCGCAAUCCACCUCCGUCUGCUUCCCUAUGAAAUUCACGUACGAUUUCUCGACUAGCCCCGAAAACGAGGAGAGAUCAUCCUGCGUGAUCGGCAAGAGGAAGCAGCGUAGGUACCGCACCACGUUUUCCAAUUUCCAACUAGAAGAAUUGGAGCGUGCUUUUCAGAAGACUCAUUACCCCGACGUGUUCUUUCGGGAGGAACUCGCAGUUCGUAUCCAAUUGACGGAAGCUAGAGUACAAGUGUGGUUCCAAAACCGAAGAGCAAAAUGGCGCAAGCAGGAGAAACAGUGUAAAAUUGCAACUCACAUGACGUCGCACUUACCACCGUCGGACUGUCAAGAGAUGCAGCAACAACACCAGUCGCAUCACUCGGAUCCCUUGUCUCUGGAAUCACCGUGCAGUCCUAUAUACCUCGGCAUGGAAUGGGCAGGUCUCUCCCCUUACACCAAUACGGACAGCGCGUCGUCUCUUAUCGUGAACAAUAUGAACAAGCCAACGGAGACGGAAGUUGAUAAUAAUCCGCUACUCGACCCCGAAUUGCUACAAUUAAAGCCUUCACGUUCCUAAUAAUAUUAAAAGUAUAUAUAAAAUAAUAUAGUAUUUGUAACCCGCAUGCAACAUUCCAUGCUUUCUGAAAAGUUACGCGAUUUACCAAGUAUAAUAACUAGAAUAACUUGCAAUAUAGUUUUAAUCAGAGAAUGUAUUUUACGUAAAGCUUGAGAAUUCGAAGGCUGCUGCUUAUCGAACGAAUGAAAUUUAUAUGAAGAAAUCGAGAUUUUAACAUUAGCAUCUUCAUGUCAUCAUUAAUGAUAUUAUGAAUUAUUUAGGCUGAGGCCAUGCGGGGCCUUAUUAUAUAUUAAUGAUCUAUUAUUCGUCAAUGAAAAAUGUCGUAUCGCGAUCAUUCUCGGAUUAAAGAUGGUCGUAUAUAUUUUGUAAGAGGAAAGAUGUAUAUAUAAUGGAUUGCUCUAUUUCUCUAAAAAUAGAUUCUAUCAAAGGAACAGUAA